UGCUUCAGCAAAGAAAUGCUCACCUUCUCCACUUCGUCCUCAACACAGCCACAUUGCAACCACCCCACCAUCGCCCACAGAUGGAGCAGGCAUGCACCAGCUUAGCCUUGAUCUUUCUCCUAGCGUUCUUGUCAGGAGUCUCUGUGUCCACGUCGCAGCACCAGUGCGAUGGCGCGCCGGCAGGGGUGAGAGCUGGCUACUGGCUGCCAUCCUCGAGCCAUUACUCGCCUCUCAGUAGCAUCAACACCUCUCUGUACAGUCAUCUCUACUACAGCUCACUCUCAAUCGAUGAGAGAAGUUCGACCGUCGCACGGCCACCUGGUGAAGAGAGCUACAUUCUUUCUACAUUCUCAAGCAGUAUCAAGUCCACUGGGAAUUUGGCAGUCAAGAUCAUCUUGUCUGUCGGCACAGAUGAGUACAAGGAAGAUGUAUCCAAUGCUGCCUUCUCCAGGAUGGCUGCAGACAGGAAUCUUCGGAAAAUGUUCAUCAACUCAUCGAUAGAAUUGGCUCGGGCCAAUGGCUUCGACGGCCUCGACUUGGCAUGGAGGUUUCCCUCAACACAGAUGGACAUGGAGAACCUUGGAGUCCUGCUUGCAGAAUGGCGAGCUGCAAUCUUGGAUGAAUCUGGGAGCACAUCAUCUGAGCCUCUCCUGCUGACGGCAACAGUUUACUUCUCAAACCACCUGUUUGACAUGUCUGACAGUAACCUCAACUACCCGAUAGAGGACAUGUCAAACAACCUCGAUUGGGUGAACAUUCUCACAUUCGGCUUGCACAAGAACAGCAACAUCACAACAGCUGAUGCACCACUCUAUGACAAGGAUUCUCACUUCUCAGCAAGCUAUGGUGUCAUCUCAUGGUUGGAUGCAGGGCUCCCUCCAUGCAAGCUGGUGAUGGGGAUACCUCUGUUUGGAAGGUCUUGGUUCCUCAGGAACAAGGACAAGAACGGACUAGGAGCGCCAACUGCAGCUGCUGGAACCAAGCAGAGAAAGAGCAACCAGACCGGCAUAAUUGCGUAUGCAGAGAUUGAAGACUACCUGAAAUCUCAAAGUGUUUUUGUUACUCAUGACAACCAGUCAGUGGCAGACUAUUUCUACAGCGGUGACCUCUGGGUCACCUUCGACAGCGCCUUGGUGGUGCAGGAGAAGAUAGAGUUCGUGGUGAAGUCUCAGUUGCUUGGGUACUUCCUUUGGGCCAUCAGCUUUGAUGACCUGAACUGCACAUUAUCCAAACAAGCAUCCGUGUCCUGGGGUCAAUACCAUGAUUCUUCAUAUGCACAAGGUGUUUUGGGAAUUAUGCAAGAAGGAGCUGUAAUCCAAGAUCUGCAUGCAUCGACAGGGUCACCAACAAGCUGGUAUUCAAAAACUAUCAGCUGUUUAUUGUCAACAAUACUUCUAUUGGUUGUUCUAUGAUUACAAAAACAGCUGUAAUUUAUAAAAAGGCCAGAAUUGCAUAAAUAGUUUCAGAUUAUAAGGUUCAUGACAGUAGAUUUAUGAAAAGAUGCUCCACUUUCAUGGCCUCACUAUUGUUCAUAGACGGUUUUUGAUGUUCUCUUAAACAAUUGCAUAGCACCCAUUAGAAUAACAGGGUUGUUCAAGUGUCAUCAAUGAGUGUUUUUUCAUGUUCGAAAACGUUCUGUGAUUUUACAUCCCUGCUCAUGUUAUUUACUUCUUAGCAGCAACCGAUUACAAAAU